AUGAAAUCAGAUUCUAAAGAACAAGAUUUGAUACAUGAAGAGUUCACUUACAUUUCUGGAGCCCUUACACAGAUUCUAAAGUGUGGCCCUUGGGAAGAUCUCUGGAAUGAUAAAAGUGCACCCAGACUUCUAUUUUUAGUUAUCCCUGGUAAUCCAGGAUUGGUUGGCUUUUACCGGACAUUCAUUGAGGCUUUAUAUUUUAACCUGAAUCAGCAGUAUCCCGUAUGGGUCGUUAGCCAUGGUGGACACUGUAAAAUUCCUCAUAACAUCAAAAGAAAGGAAGAGAUGGUUUCGAAUGACACUGAUGAUGUUUUUGGGCUUCAUGGGCAAGUUGAACACAAGUUGAACUUCCUCCGAAAGUAUGUGCCAAAAGAUGUCAAGCUUAUACUUAUUGGACACUCAAUUGGCUGUUAUUUUGCUCUUAAAAUUAUGAAGCACUCACCAGAACCGGAGAUUCUCCGCAGCAUCCUGCUCUUCCCUACAAUAGAACGCAUGGCACAAUCCCCACAGGGCAAGCUCAUGACUCCCCUGCUCUGCUGGCUCCGUUAUAUUCUGUACAUACCUAUAUAUUUGUUCACUUUUGUACCAGAAAGAGUCAAAAGCUUCUUCGUGCACUUUGCAUUGAGUCAGCAGAAAUGGAAUGAUGAAACUGUAGUAACGACAUUGAUAGACAUGCUUAAUAACAUGGAUUGUAUCGCAAACAUCAUGUACCUGGGAAGCCAAGAAAUGAGAAGUGUUAUACAGAGAGACAAUUCUACAAUAAAGCAGCAGUUAAAUAAGGUAGACUUUUAUUCUGUUUCCAUUGGAUGCUAUGACUUCUCAGCCAUUAUGAUCAUUCUUGUUCAAGAACUUCUGUAUGGCUACAUGCUCUCCAUCCAUCCAGUUGAAAAAGAUUUGCUUAUUUCAUUAUAUGAACUUAGAGAAAAAGUGCCCAGUGAAGCAGCCAAAACCAAUUUUGAGUCGGUUUUAUUGAAACAGCUUGUCUAA